AUGGUACAUCUGAACGUAGACCUGAUUGCUAAAUCUAAAAACCACUUCAAAAAGAAAAGGGGCCUCUCCUUCCCGGAGUACCUCAAGACACUUACCCACCUCCACUUUUCCAGCAAGAAUAUUGAAGAUAUUGGUGACCUCUCCAUGUGCAGAAACCUCACUGUGCUUUACCUGUAUGACAAUCAGAUCACACAAAUAAGCAACCUUGGCUUUGCCUCUAACCUCACCCAUCUGUAUAUGCAGAACAACAACAUCACUCAAAUAGAAAACCUCUCUAAUCUGCAGAUGCUCUCCAAACUGUAUCUUGGUGGAAACAGGAUUGCAGUAGUGGAGGGCUUGGAGCAGCUCAGUGAGCUGAAGGAGCUUCAUCUGGAGAAUCAAAAGCUGGCACCAGGGGAAAAGUUGCUCUUUGACCCCAGGACUCUCCUCUCACUCAGUGAAUCUCUUUGCGUCCUGAAUAUCAACAACAACAACAUUGAUGAUAUCAGGGACCUGGCAGUGCUGAAGGAACUCCAGCAUUUCUCUGCUGCUGACAAUAAAUUGCACAUUAUGGAGGAGUUGGAGGAUGUGUGCAGCCUCUGGCCUCAGCUGCUUCAAAUGGAUUUGAGUGGAAAUCCUGUGUGUAAAAAAACAAAAUACAGAGACCGCCUGAUUACUGUGUGCAAAAGCCUAGAGGUUCUCGAUGGAAAGGAAAUUAACGAGUUAACCAGACAGUUCCUUAUUAACUGGAAAGCAUCGAAAGAGGCCAAGAAGAAAAAAAACAACACACACAUGCUGCCUGGACCGUUAAUCCCAUAUCCCUUAUCAAAUGACUUUAACAUGGGUCAGGGUCCACAUCCUGGUCACAUCUACAGCCAUGCAAGCAUGCAGAGGUGGAAGCCGCAGCAGUCUCUCAGGAUGCAAAAAUUAAAAAUACCUAUGAGUGGGCUUCACAGUCAUGUGGCUAUCUCCUCAGAUAUCUGCAGUCAUGUGGACGCCUAA